AUGUGUCCACUUAUUGUAUCUGUUUAUUUCUUAAGCGUUUUACGAUCCUUUUUUUUUUUUCUUUAUUUUUCGGUUUUUUCUUUUUCUUCUUUUUGGUUAAUUCUUUUUUUUUUUUCCAAUUCUUGUUCAAUUUGUCUUUUCUUUUCUUUUUCACUGUUUUUUCUCUUUCCAUUUUAUACUAUCAUGUCAUUUAUUUUUCUUUCUUUCUUUCUUUCUUUAAAAACAGCCGUAUUUUUGGUUGUAGGGGGAAAAACUUUCUGGGAUGAGAAGAAACAGGUCAAUAUUUUAACCAGCUUUUUCUUCUUCUUCUUCUUCUUCUUCUUCUUCUUCUUCUUCUUCUUCUUCUUCUUUUAUAAAAAAAACCCCAGAUUGCUCUUUUUCUUUCUCUCAAUAAUUCACUCUCUCUCUCUCUCUUCUUCCUCCUCUCUUUUCCUCACCUUUCCUAUCUUUCUUGCUCACAUUCUUCGCACGAAAUCUCCUUUAGACUUUCUCUCUAAUCCAUUCUCACUUCGCCUACUCACUCAGGCUCACUUUCUUUCUCUACUUCAUCUCUCUCUCUUUCUCUCUCUCUCUCACUUUCUUUCUCUCUUUCACUCUCUCUCAUUUUCUAGCCUACUUACACCCACCCAUUAUCUAUCUAUCUAUCUAUCUAUCUAUCUAUCUAUCUAUCUAUCUAUCUAUCUAUCUACCUCAGCCUGUUCAUAUCUAUCUAUUUAUCCAUCUAUCUCAGUCUGUUCAUAUCUAUCUAUCUCAGUCUGUUCAUAUCUAUGUAUCUAUCUCAGUCUGUUCAUAUCUAUGUAUCUAUCUCAGUCUGUUCAUAUCUAUCUAUCUAUCUAUCUAUCUCAGUCUGUUCAUAUCUAUCUAUCUCAGUCUGUUCAUAUCUAUCUAUUUAUCUCAGUCUGUUCAUAUCUAUCUAUCCAUCUACGUCAGUCUGGUCAUAUCUAUCUAUCUAUCUAUCUAUCUAUCUAUCUAUCUAUCUAUCGUAAUCUGAAAUCAAUCUUCUUUUUCUUUUCUCUUUCAUUUAUGUCGAUUUUUUUCUUUUCUUUUAAGUUUUCUUCAUCUUUUUCUACUUUCUUUAUUUUUACUUUAUCUUCUUUAUACAUUUGUACACUUCUUUUACACUUCUUUUACACUUCUUCACUGUUAACUCGCUUUCUUUGCGUCUCUUUAUUUUUCAUUUUCUCUUCAUCUUUUUCGUUUUCCUUCUUCGUUACUCUCCUUUCAUUUUCCUCGUCUUUUUUCUUCUCACCAUCUUCAUUAUAUUUUCUUCUACACUACCUUUUUUUGUCUUUCCUCUCAUUUUUUCUUUUCACUUUCAACUUGCUCGUCUUUUUCAUUGUCAUCUCCCCGUCCCAUCUUUUCUUCUCUUCGUCUUUUUCACUCCUCAUCUUAUUUCUUUUUCUCUCCCCGCCAUUGUCCUCGUCUUUCUCUUUUCGUCACCUUCAUUAUAUAUUUUCCCUUAUUUUCGUUUUUUCUCUUCUUUAUUUUCUGUCUUUUCUUCUCUCUCUCUCUCUCUCUCUCUCUCUCUCUCUCUCUCUCUCUCUCUCUAUCUAUCUAUCUAUCUAUCUCAUCAUAAUUAAUCUUUCUUUCUUUUUACUCUUGUUCUUUCUUUACUUUAAAUUUAUUUAUUUUCGUUCUUAUCUUCACCCUCUUUCUUUUUGUUCUCAUCUUUCCUCCUCUUUUUCGUUCUUAUCUUCACCCUCUUUCUUUUUGUUCUCAUCUUUCCUCCACUUUAUUUUUGUUCUUAUCUUUCCUCCUCUUUCUUUUUCUUCCUCUCUUCCCUCCUCUUUUUUUUUGUUCUCAUCUUCCUCCUCUUUCUUUUUGUUCUUAUCUUUCCUCCUCUUUCUUUUUCUUAUCUUUCCUCCUCUUUCUUUUUGUUCUUAA